AUGGCGGCCCUCGCGGUUUGCGGCCUCCCCCCUUCCCCGUACGACCCUCACGGGGAGGGAGAGGGAGAGGGGGGAGGGGGGAGGGGGGAGGGGGGAGGGAAAGCAGGGAAGACUGGGGAGGGGGGGGCCCUCCCGGAGGGGUCGUUUUUCUUCGGGAAUGUGCUGCCAAGCGCGCAGGGCGCGAGGCUGCGGGUGCUGCGCGAGGUGGUCGCGCCGGCGGCCCACCCCUGCGUGUUUUAUGAGCUCCCACGACGGCUGUUGGCGGUGCUGCAGGAUAUCGCGGCGGUGCUCCCCAGGCGACGGGUCUACGUCGCGCACGAGCUUACCAAACUGAAUGAGUCGCUCCACUCGGAUACGGCGGAGCGGUUGGUGAACUUUUACCUUCGCCAGGAGGCGCAAAUGAUGCUGAAGAAGGGGCAGUUGGUCCUCGUCGUGGCGGGCGCGGGGGCGGCAGAAACGGCGGCCUGGCUCGACCGCGAAACUCGCAAGCGGCGCCGACUGCGUCGUGAGGUGAAGGAACUCCUGGCGAUCCGCCCGUCCCCGCCGAAUUCGCCCUCCUCAAGCCCUGACGACGCAUCGGCAGGCGGCAACCCUGACCAGCUCCCUCGCGAGACGAAGGAGCCACCCGCCCGUGUUUCUCGUAAGGCACGCAGACGAAUGGCGCUGAAGCGAAGGCGGGAGAAGCUUAUUCGAGAUAUUGAAAAGGAGCAGGAGCGGUUGCGCCUGAAUCUGUCGAUAAAUCGCGCAUCGACGGGGAACGUUUGA